AUGAUUCCUGAUAAGAAUGUUGAAUUACACAGUGAACUGGGAUCAAUUAUUGAUGAGAAACACGAUGAUGGUGAUGCUGGCGAUGGCAAUGGCAAUGACGAUGAUCCAACUUCUAUUGAUUAUCGUGUGUUAGCUGAAAUUCUGCCGAAACCGCCUGAUUUACCCUUCCCAUUGGAACCAAUUUUCAUUCCAAAUGAAUUAGAAAACUUAACUCUUGGGAAAUAUGGUGGAAUUAAAUUCUGUGUAGAAAAUUCUUCACAGACUGAAUUAUCUGACCUGUCUGAUUUAAACGAAAUCAAACAAAAAUUGAACAAUUUAUCAUUACAACUUUUUAACGAUUAUUCCAAGCACAUAGAUCGUGUUAAAAAUGCUUCCAACUAUCAAAUUAAACGAAUGAUUGAAGAGGCAGUUUUAAAAAUUUAUCUAGUUAUGCAAUCACGUGUAGAUUAUAUCACCAGAGGAUAUACAAGUACAAUUGAACGUGUUCGUGGUGCAUGUCGUACUCAAUUGGCGAAUACAAUAGCUAUAUUGAAUGGAUUAAUUAAUGCCGCGAAACGAAGGAAUGAAAGUUUUAUUGAAAGUACACUUCGAAAUCGUAUAUCGGAAUUGGAAACUGCCCUUCAACAAAACGAGUUAGAUAUGAAACAACUUCAAACAAAGUUAGAAGAAGUUGAGGAAAAAUACGACACCUUGAAUCUUGAAAAAACAAAUAUUAUAAUGUCAAGAAAUUCUUCUCUAGAAUCCUUUCCAUCAGAAAACCUACCACCCAAAGUUAUCACUGUUCAAAUAGAUGCAGCUGUACAAGUUGAAACACCGGAUGAAAAAAGGCAAUCAUUGGAAAGACAAGUUAAAAAUCUUUUAGAACAAAUCGAUGUACUUAAAUCAGCGUUAAGUGCUGUUCAAUCACAAGUUAAAACAUUGAAUGAAAAACAUGAUCAAUACGAAUUACAAUUGAAAUCGUUCAAUGAUCAAAUCAAUGAAAGUAAAGCGGAUAAUUCAAAAUUAGAAAAACAGUUAUUGAGCAAAGAAAAUGAACUCAGUGUCUGUAAACAAAAAAUGAAAUCAUCUGAAUUACGAUUGAAUGAAAUGUUAACAUCAUUGAAUAAGUUAAGAGGUGAAAAAGCUCAGUUAGAAAAUGACUAUGCAAUAAAUCGUGACAAUGAAAUGAAACAAUUGAAACAGAAAUUAGAUGAAUUGUUAAAAAUUAAAGAAGCAUUAGAAGAUGAGUGUAGCUCACUUCGUAAAGAAUUAAUGCAUAUGAAAGAAGCACCAAAGGCUGUACAAUCAAGUGAUACUAGUAUGAAUAAUUAUGCACUUCGUGAACAAGCUCUUGUAGCUGAGGUGAGUCACUUUUGUACAAGUUAG